AUGGACGUCAAAGACUUGGUGGACUAUGCCUACUGUGCCCAGACUUCCGAGUACAAGGUUCUUGGAGUGAGGGAGUUCCACUUGGGUGGAGCGUUGAGGGAUGGCAACCAGGAUUUGCUGGGCCAAACGCUGCCCUCUCAGUGGGGUGACGUGGGCCUCUUCGAUUUAUGCCUGAGGUUUGGCCACUUUGACACAGCAUGGGCCAUGGCUGAGAGAGGAGUUGAAGGUUGCAGAUUGGAGGCUCAUCACCUGAAGAGAACAUUCCACAACCGGGGUUUCGACGAGUGGAGCUGCUGGAUGUGCCACGACAGCUGGAAGACCUGUGAACAGUGCUGCUUCGGUUUCCCGGUCGAACAGGGCGUUUGGAUGAAGGAUUGGGACGCGAGCCUCCCAAAUGCCGCAAACGCUGCUCGCCAAACAGCCGAGCAGCCCUUGGUGCGCAACGUCCUGGAGGCGCUUCGCUCUGACUCUGUGCCGCAAAGUCUUGCCAUCUCCGAAGAGGCCAUGGCAAACUUGCUGGACAUUGCCAUCCUGAUUGGCGACAGGGAGGCCGCCGUGCGCUGCGCGGAGCAAUCUCGUCUCCGGCCUUUGCGGCGCUGGAGCUGGAAGGGGAUUUUUCACUUGUAUCGUUGGGCUUUUGGCGGGGUGACUGCAGCCCGUGAUAAUAUAUGGUUGUAUUCCUACGUAUACAGAUUGGAGCUUGGAGAUCGUGGCAUGCUCCUCGCGGCCCUUUCGGCCGGUGUGGAGCUCCAAGGACUUUUGGGGCCGGUUCAUCAAGUUCCUUUCCGAGUGGCCGUGGCUCUGACGGGAACUCCUUGGACCGACUUUGCAGACCUGCUGCCGCCACCUGACACUCCAUGGGUGCCACCAGAAAAGAACGGUUUGGGUGAAUUCUUCCUCAAGUACAUCGGCAGCGGCAAGGUUUAUUUGCGCAAAGACCUGCUGGAAAUCGCUCAGAGAGUUCAAGUCCCCUUGGCUGCUUUGAAUGUGUCGUGCAGCGACCUUGAUUAUUUGAAUUUGUUUUGUCCGAGUCUGUCACUGUUGGAUUGCGCUAUUCUCUUGGGGCAGUCCGACUGCGCGGCCUUGCUUGCUCGCGCGGGCGCGGAGGUGUCGGGCUAUGGAAGCGAUCUCUUGCUGAAGGAUGGUGCGUUGGAUGCGGAGCCAGCUCGCCGGCCUGCCGCGAUGGCAGCAGCCCACUCGGCGCUGUCAAAGGUGUGGAAAUCGGAGAUUGCGGCCAAAGGAAUUGCCAUCUACCAGUUGACGAAGAAGCUUUUAAAGGGGAGACCUUUCCCAGCUUGUUUGGUGGAUGAGGUGGUGGCUUUUUCGAUGAACGCGCCGAAGAUCAUUGAGAGGCUGGACCUGCGGGAAGAGGCAAGUGCUUGGUGCAAGUCAAUAUUGUUGCCAACAUCGAAAGUUGUGAGGGAGGCCCCUUUGCAAGCUUUGCCGCAAGGGCAUUCAGUCGGUGAGGAGGUCGAUGCAGAGGAUUUGCAAGAGCCUCGGACAACCUCGCCAAGCCAGCAAGAUCAGCAAGACGCACUGGAAGCUGAAGAGGCUGUGGAUGACAAAGCCACGGAUGACCUCAUGCAGGCCAUGCGCGCGAGCCGAAAUGAUGUUCCACCACUGAACAUGCAUGGCGUGCGACUUUAUAGAUUGAAGGGCUUUUCCAACGCAAAGCACAUCACCGACCUUCUCUUUGAUCCACAUGGACCUCUCAAAGCGCUGCACCAUCGAAUCCAGGAAGCUGGCUGCAGUGUCGACCCAGAGGGAAAUCCUGUGAAGAUCCUGUUUGUGCCAUGUGCUGAAGAGCAGCUUCUGGAACUGCAUCAGCUUGCUGCUGACGGCUUCGAGCUACGCCGUGACGCACACAUCCUGGCGCUGGAGCAGGACGCCGAGCUCAUCGAUGGCGCGCUGCGGAAUUUCCCUCGGAAGGACCGCCCGAAGCUGAAGAAGGUCGGUCCACAGCAGGAGGAUGUGGGCGCUCAGCAGGCUUCAGAGGUCGAUUUGAGGGACGACGAUGACGCCGAAGGCCCUAUGAUCGUGACAGAGACGGGCUUUGGAUUGAGGACCGACUCGGACGUGGGAUAUCCAUCCUACCAGUGA